CACUAGUGAAGCCACUUGCUCUCUCGUGCUCGUGCAUAUAAAUCACCACAAGCUCAUAAGCUCAAAUCCAUCCCCAUCAUAAUACUAAUAAGAAGAAACCUUCUAAAGUUAAGAAACUAUGGGCUACAAACUUCCAGUGCAUUUCAGUACUUCCUUAAUCUGUUUCGUCCUGUUUAUGAAUCCUCUUUUUGUGUAUUCUGAACUUCAGUACCCUGAACUCUAUUACGAUUAUUAUGAUGAUACAUGUCCUCAUCUGCGGAACAUAGUUAGGUACAAUGUCUGGCAGGCUGUUAGGAAAGAAACCCGGAUAGCAGCGUCACUUCUUCGGCUGCACUUUCACGACUGUUUAGUUGAUGGAUGUGAUGCAUCGAUACUUCUUGAUGAUACAAACACAUUUAAGGGGGAAAAGAAUGCCCUCCCCAACAAAAAUUCAGUUAGAGGAUAUGAACUCAUAGACAGUAUAAAGGCUGAUGUAGAACGAGAAUGCCCGUUAACUGUCUCCUGCGUUGAUAUUUUAGCACUUGCAGCAAGUGAAGCUAUUCCUCUUGUGGGAGGACCUUAUUGGCAUGUACCAUUAGGAAGAAGAGACGGAAUAACCGCAAGCCAAAAAUCAGCUAACGAGCAGUUACCCUCACCAUUCGAACCUUUAGCAAACAUCACUGCCAAAUUCACCUCCAAGGGUCUUGACUUGAAGGAUGUUGUCGUUCUAUCAGGUGCGCACACCAUUGGAUUUGCACAAUGCUUCACCUUUAGAAGCCGACUCUUCAACUUCAAGGGCACUGGUAAGCCAGACCCGACUGUCCAUUCCUCGUUACUUCCAAAUUUACAAAGUAUGUGUCCAGAAGGAGAAACACAACGCACCAAUAAACUUGCUCCUCUAGAUACUGUUACGUACAACAGAUUUGAUCACAUGUAUUACUCAAAUCUCAUGAACAAUUCCGGGCUUCUCGAGUCUGAUCAAGCACUUAUCAAGGACCCAAUAACGGCCUCUAUGGUAAAUCAGUAUAGCACGGAUCGCUUCCGAUUUUAUGACGACUUUGCAGAGUCUAUGGUGAAACUAGGUUUCGUUGGCAUACUGACUGGUGAAAAUGGAGAAAUCAGAGCAAAAUGUGGGUCUGUUAAUUAGUAUUGUCAAAUGGGUAGCUGUUGCUGUUUUACUAAGUAAAAGGAAAAUGCGUCUUUGUAUGGAUGUGGAUGUUUGAAUAAUACUAAAAACGUUUGUACUUGUGUGUUCAUAAA